CGGUGCUAGGUGGAGGGAAGGAAGGAGGGAGCCGGGGAGCGGGCCAGCGGACCAGCUUCGCCGCGGUCGGCUUGGGGAGCGGGAGGAGGCAGCGGCCCGAGAGCCAGGCGGAACCUGCGGAGGCGGCGGUGGCAGCCGCGGCGCCGGGAGCAGGAACAGGAUCAAACCUCCAUACCAGGGACCAGGCUGAAACCAGACUACUACUGCCCCUACCUGGGCCCCGUGGAAAGCAGACACUGUAAUCAUGGGCAAUAUCUUUGGGAACCUUCUGAAGAGUCUGAUUGGAAAGAAGGAGAUGCGCAUCCUGAUGGUGGGCCUGGAUGCUGCAGGAAAGACCACCAUCCUGUAUAAGCUGAAACUUGGGGAGAUUGUCACCACCAUCCCCACCAUUGGGUUUAAUGUGGAGACAGUGGAAUAUAAGAAUAUCAGCUUCACAGUAUGGGACGUAGGUGGCCAGGAUAAGAUCCGGCCCCUCUGGAGACACUACUUCCAGAACACCCAAGGCUUGAUAUUUGUGGUUGACAGCAACGACCGGGAGCGGGUAAACGAGGCCCGAGAAGAGCUGAUGCGGAUGCUGGCCGAGGACGAGCUUCGUGAUGCUGUGCUGCUCGUGUUUGCAAACAAGCAGGAUUUGCCGAAUGCUAUGAAUGCUGCUGAAAUCACAGACAAGCUGGGGCUGCAUUCUCUGCGUCACCGCAAUUGGUACAUUCAGGCCACCUGUGCUACCAGCGGGGACGGGCUGUAUGAAGGCUUGGACUGGCUGGCCAAUCAGCUCAAAAACAAGAAGUGAGAGCCAGGCAGCCCUAUCCGACCACCCCACCCUCUCCUGACACACCUGUUGUCUCCCUACCCCACCUUCCCCUUUCUUCCUCUUAAAAGUGUGGCCAAGGUCCUGGGUAUCACAUCCACAUGCUCAGCAAGAACCUUGCCUCCCGUGCCUCCCUCUCUCCUUCCCGGUCCACUGACAUGAUCAGCCCCCAACUGCUGUCCUGAUGAUGAACCAUUCCAAUUUACUGGAUUUAAAACAAAAUGAGGCUGUUAUGGUUUCCUGGGGUGGUCCCCCUUGGUUUCAGGAGGAGGAGUGGGUGUUCUCUCUGUUGCUGUGUGGCACUGGUUGCUGUGCUCUUGGCAUCUGAGCCCCUUCUGUGUCUCCCCGGCCAUUCUCCUCCCUGUCCUCCUUUCCUUCUGCACCCUCUCCUCUUCUCCAUGGAAACCGCACGGGCCUCUCUGUGUGCGUGCAUGUGUGCGCCUGUAUAUCCGUGUAGAGAGAGAUAUGUGGAGGUCGGGGGAGGGAGGGGCGUCCAGCCAGGACACUGUGCACUGGAGCCUAUCAUCCGCCUUCCGUGUUGGGAGAUAAGGGGGUGUGGGCGGGUGCAUCGCUCUCCUCUCUGCAGGGGCGUACCUGGAUGUUAGGCUCGAGGAUGGGCUCUGCAGCCAUCUUCCUUAAACUCCUCCUCCUCUGUGAGCGCAUGAAAUGGCACUGAUCUCUGGAUGACUGUUCUAAGGAGUUGCCGUUCUACUCUGCCUCAUUAGUAGGAAGGAGAGUGGAGCCCCUCAUUUUGACUAGUCCGGAGUGUUGUAUUGAUUCUCCCCCACUCUCCUUAAGUCUGCUCGCCAGGAGCUCAGAGGGAGGUGGGUUAGUGGGACCUGGUGUAUUUGGGACCUGAGUGUUGAGGGGUGGAAUGUGGUCUGGGGAAGGCCUCCAGGCACAGAGAAGUCCUGUUCCUGCCUCCUGUACUUUCCUCAGUCUUCUGGUCUUGGGCUGGGUGGUUCCAUCUGUCCUUUGUCAGAGAUUUGCUCCCUUAGUAGCCCUGCUGGCCUAACAAGGACUGACCAGGUGGAGUAAUAGCAGACCUAGUAUCAACGCCUGUUUUCCACUUCUCUGUCUAGCUCAGGACAGCUGAGAGAUGACUUUGUGUUCGUGGGCCUUUCGCAGUCCUCACUGUCCUCCCCUCCUUCCUGGCAGCGCUCCCCAGUCCUCACACACUGUCCCUGAGUAGGUCUGCGGGGUUGGAAUGGAGGAAACAGGCCCCCGCGUGACUAGUGCCAGGACAGUGGUCUUCAGGGCCCUCCCUCCAGCAUUCUGAAGUUCUGCUGCUGCUGCUGCUGCAGCACUGUUGAGGGCACUUGUCCUUUAGGCUAUGACCUGGGUUCUGACUUGUCACUGCACUGAAGCUGUGGCUGUUCUGUGGGCUCCUGUGUGUGCUGGCUGCGCCCUGAGCUCCAGAGCAGCUGCCCGUGACCUCUCUGCCAAGGUUAGGACCCUGGGCUCUGCAGCAUGGCUAAGGGCCCUUCCCAGGAGGGCCGUUCUGAGCCAGGUUUCCUGCCACCUUUGUGGACAGCAGGCAGAUCAGUUCCUCAUCCUGCCCCAGCUGAAGUGUGAGGUCCAGGGCCUCUCCCCCAGUGCAGAUAGUGCUGUUACCCCAGCUGCCGUGUGACUGUACUCUAGACCUGUGUGUGUGUGUGUGUGUGCGCGCGUGUGUGUGUGAUCUGUACGUGGGGGUGCCAGGGGUCGUUCCUUUUUAAAAUGGGUUCUUUCCUCUCACUCCAGACACUGCCCUUCACACUUCCUUUGCUGUCUUCUGUUUAUGUCCCACCUCUGUUGCUGCUCUGUGAGCUCUUUGCCUUCUCUGUUCAUUUACGAUUGUUGCCUGUUUGUCCUCUUCCUUGUGUUGUCUUCUAUUUGGUUUUCUGCUCUAUCUUUGUGAUUGGUGAGGACUCUGCCUCGUUCUCUGCCACUUUCUGAACUUCCCCGCUUAGAUGCUACUUGCAAAUAGGUUUUGUACAUUGCAGGCUUCGUUCCACUCCUCUGUUCCUUACCGCAGCGUCUUAUUUUUCUCCACCUCCUGGAACCUCCGGAGGCUGAGCAGGCUGAAGCAGCCUUGAAUGUUGCCUUGGUGCUGCUCCAGAUUUGUCCAGCAGGGGGCAGUAACAUCUUGGUAGCAUCUCGGGCUCUUGCGGGGAGAGGGGAGAUGUUUCUACAUUCCCUUUCAGCUAACCGGUCUUUGGGUUAGGUGUUUCAUUCUGUUUUUGUGAGCUCCUUCUCUUGCUUUUCUCAAGUUGGUUUAAUUUUUUUUUCUUCCUUGUUCUAAGCUUUUUUUCUAGGGACUCCCCCUUUCCUCUGCCUCCCAGAUUUGUGGUGUUACAGUGGUGUCUGCAGUUCUGAAGUGGGUUUUUCUUUUUCCUUUUUCUGGAAUGUAGACUGUAUAUGUUUAAUAACUCACCUUCUUUAUCCUUUCUCAAAAGUGUGGGAUAAUGCAGCGACUGUGACCCUGGUUGGAAAUUAAACUUGUUUUAUGCA